AUUAGCCAUCCACCACCGCUUAUAUAAACCCUACAAUGACCUCCCUCUUUUUCACUCGAACUUCAACUCUCUCUCUCUCUCUCUCUCAAGAAUCGAUCUUGCUCUCUGAGAAAUGGGUGCUUCCACACCACCCUCUUCCUUUAGCUGCGAAAUCAGAAUCGCUGAAGCCAAGAACAUGGACCUUGUCCAGCCCUCGGACGCGGUCUUUGUCAGGCUCUACCUCUCUGCAGGGAACAGCAACCAAAAGAUUCAGCUAAACACGCGGGAGCUUCCGUCGCCAUCGAGCUCCGGCUUGCGUUGGAACGAGUCCUUCUCCUUGGAAUGCACCGGGAGUGAGGACUCCAUGAAAUCCCUGAGCCAAGCAAGCGUCGUCUUCGAGCUCCGGACGCGGAGCAGAUCCUCCAUCCUCGGUCCCAUUGGACGCCGAUCCAAAGUCGUGGGCAGGGCCGAAAUUCCAUGGAAAACCGUCCUGGAGUCUCCAGGAAUGGAGAUGGAGACGUGGGCGAGGAUGGCUCCGCCGUCAAGAAGACGUCUUUCCGAGGACGGGAAGCCUCCGUCGGUGAGGAUAGCGAUGAGGUUGAGGGCUGCAGACAUGGCGGACGUGGACGAGAGGAAGAGAACGAGAGAGGCGAGGUUGAAGAAGACGGAGGAGUGCGAAUGCGAUGGCUGUGGCCUUGACUUUUGCAGUCGGGAAGAUUACGAUGUAUUUGCAUUAGCGGCUGCUUUCGAGGCCUUUUAGGUGGUUCAUUCACUUGGUUGAAAAAUCAUCAUGGAAUUUAUUGAUUUUUAGUGCUUUUUUAUUCCAUUUUUGUCGAUUUUUAGUCUUCAAAUUUAGUGAAUUCCUAGUCAUAUGGUUGAUUACCUGUGAAAUUGCACAUACAAAGAUAUGAUGGCUCCUCAAAACAGAAAAGUUCCUGGCAA